UUUAUGAUUCCUUUAAUGACGUGUCGACAUUUCCUCUGGCGCCACCAACAGGUAGAAACCCUGCAGGAUUACCACCAGGUUAUACGUCCACAUGAGUCGCACGUGUGCACUCGUCCUGCAUCAGAGAGCUCUUGUUGUCCUGAACGCAGCCCGAGAGAGAGAGAGAGAGACACAGGCCGAGGCCGAGAGACAGACUGGACACAGAGUCUGCUGGAUUUGGUUCUGAGGUUCUGCUUGGAGGUCUGGAUCAUGGUGGAACCAACAUCUAAACCAGCUGCUGUUCUACUGCUGUUCGUACUGCACAGCUGCCUGGCGGACCAUGUUUUCCUCAACAGCCAGCUGGCCUCGCAGGUGCUGGUCAGGAACCGUCGGGCCAAUCAGAUGUUUGAGGAGAUGAAACCAGGGAACCUGGAGAGAGAGUGUGUUGAGGAAAUCUGUAACCACGAAGAAGCCAGAGAGGUGUUUGAACAGACGGAUAAAACGGAAAACUUCUGGCAGAAAUACCUGGACUGUAAAGCAGACCAAAUCAAAAGAUCACAAGAGAAGAUCAACAUCAUCAGACAGUGUUUAGAAGGUCAGUGUAUUUCUGGUAAUGGAGUGAAAUAUGAAGGAAAUAUCAACAUCACACAAUCAGGGAAACAGUGUCAGCACUGGAGGAGCAGCUUCCCACAUCCCAUUAUAAGGGAGUUUAAUGCUUCACAGCCAAACAGCAUCCUGCACGAGAACUUCUGUCGAAACCCAGACAACCGUCCGGAGGGACCCUGGUGUUUCACCAAAGACCCGACGGUCAAGAAAGAGACCUGCAAGGUCCCCAGAUGUGGCCAGCCCUUCGUGCCCGCCACUCUGGCCACUAAACCAGUCAAAACCGGCACCUGUUUACCCAGUUAUGGCAUAGACUACACUGGCGACCUGGCCGUCACUCUGGGAGGCCACACCUGUUUGCAGUGGUCGGCGGCGGAGGCGCAGGCCCUCAGCAAGAACAAGGAGUUCAUCGCCGAGGUCACUCUGCAGGGCAACAAGUGCCGGAACCCUGACAACGACCCCGAGGGCCCCUGGUGCUACGUGAGGGUUUCUGGAAACGUGACCGUCGACUACUGCGACCUUGAGCUGUGUGAGGACCCGCUGGUUGGCGAUGUGUCGACCACAGAGACACAAGGCAUGGAGCGCUCCGUCCUGGCGCCCGCCAGGAAAACCUUCUUCAACCUGCGGUCCUUCGGACAAGGAGAGAACGAGUGUGGGCAGCGCCCCCUGUUUGAAUUGAAAGCCAAACAGGACAAGAAGGAGGUGGAGCUGUUGGAUUCAUACAGAGAACAACGCAUCGUUGGGGGGGACGACGCCGAAGUGGCCUCAGCACCAUGGCAGGUGAUGCUGUAUAAGCGCAGCCCUCAGGAGCUGCUGUGUGGAGCCAGUCUGGUCAGCGAUCAGUGGAUCGUCACUGCGGCGCACUGCAUCCUCUACCCGCCCUGGAACAAGAACUUCACCACCGACGACAUACUGGUCCGCCUGGGAAAACACAACAGGGCUAAGUUUGAGCGCGGCACAGAGAGGAUCGUGGCCAUCGAUGAAAUCAUCGUCCACCCGAAGUACAACUGGAAGGAAAAUCUGAACCGUGACAUCGCCCUGCUGCACAUGAGACGGCCAAUCACAUUCACCGAUGAGAUCCACCCCAUCUGCCUGCCCGACAAGAAGGUCGCCCAGAUCCUGAUGACUCAAGGCUUUAAGGGUCGAGUGACCGGGUGGGGGAACCUGAAGGAAACCUGGAACCCUUCAUCAAGAAAUUUACCCACAGUCCUCCAGCAGAUCCACCUGCCAAUCGUGGACCAGGACACCUGCCGCAGCUCCACAUCAGUCAAGAUCACAGACAACAUGUUCUGUGCGGGUUAUAGACCAGAAGAUACUCAACGUGGAGACGCCUGUGAGGGAGACAGCGGUGGACCGUUUGUGAUGAAGUUCCCGGCAGAGAACCGCUGGUAUCAGAUGGGCAUCGUGUCGUGGGGGGAAGGCUGCGACCGCGACGGGAAGUACGGCUUCUACACUCACCUGUUCAGGAUGACCCGGUGGAUGAAGAAAGUCAUCGAGAAGGGCGAGGCAGGCGAUGAAUAGACACAUUUCCUGUUCUCCCUG